AUGGCUCCUCACAGCAACUUCCGCCGCACACUGCUCCUGGUGCUGGCCUGCGCGGCCCUGUGGUUCCACAACUCCGAGGUGGGCUUCCUGGCGGGCCCCGGCGGUCCCCCACCCAAAGAGCCCAGCACCGUGCGCAGCGCACCCCCCCGUUCCGUGGAGCGGGCGGCGGGGGCGGACGCGAACGCGGAGCCGGUGACAGGGGAGAGCUCCAUCGUUGAAGAGAUCUUGGCGGGCAUCAGUGUGGCUUUCUCGCUGCUUUCCAAGGCCAUCGCCUGCAGCGCCAUCGUCGGCACAGGGCCUCUUGUCGGCCUUUGGUCCUCCGUGGCCCUGGGCUUCGCCAGCCUCUUCGGCAUGCGCCCGGGGGUUGUGGCGGGCUCCGCAGCCGUGGUGGUCGUGCCUCUGGGUGCCUUUGUGGCCACUAAUGGCCUUGGCUUGGUGCCUCUGGUGGUGCUGCUGGCUGCGAUCAUCGAGCUCGUGGCAGGCUUGGUCGGCUUUGCCCGCACCCUGGACCUUGUUUCCAAGGAAGUGCUUGCAGGCUUUCUGAACGCACUGGGCCUGGCGUUGCUGGUGUCGCAGUUCGGGGCCCUCUCCACACCCAUGGGCUUCGGCUUGGCGGCCAUCUGUGCCGCGCUCACCCAGUUCUUGCCCUCGGCACCCAUCCCCUCAUCGCUCGUUGGCCUCGCCGUGGCCACGGCUGUCGGCAUCGGCUUCAACUUCGACGUCCCCACCCUGGCCAUGAAGGCCAAGGAUCCAACCGCCUUCGCUGGCGGCUUGGCGGCCCUUCCCCAGUUCCAGCUGCCGCAGAUGCCCUCCAUCGACGACGUCCAGCUCGCCCUGCCCUGCGCCAUCUCCAUCGCCUUCAUCUCCCUCAUCGAGACCCUCCUCGCGGCGCGCGUGGUGGACGACCGCAAGUGCGAGGACCUCUGCACGUUCUUCUACGACGAGAACGGAGAGCUGGUGAUGCAGGGUGGGGACCCCGAGGCUCCCCUGCAGGUGGAUGUGCCCACGUCCACCGUCCUGUCCCUGGCCGCGGGCAACGGCGCCUCAGUUCUCCUGGGCGGCUUUGGCGGCGCAGGCCUCGUCCCCCAGACGGUGCUGAACCUGAAUUCUGGCGGACGUGGCCAAUGGUCCAUCGGCUCCUACGCGACCUCCAUGGUGGUCUUCGCGCUGGUCCUCGCGCCCUUCGUUGGCCAGAUCAGCGUGCCGGCCCUGGCCGGCAUCAUGGUCCAGGUCUCCUUGGACACCAUCCAGUUUGUCCCGACCUUCGAUGCCAUCAAGGCGGCCUUUGAUGGGAAGGAAGAAGAUGCCAAGAUCCGCCUGGGCAUCCUGGUUAUCACUGCGGUACUCUGCUACCAGGUGGACUUCGCAGUGGGCAUCGUCACCGGUGUGGCCCUCGACAAGGGGGCGGAGGCCCUAAAGCUGAAGAAGGCCGAGUGA